CCCACUCUCUCCAUUCCCCCAUCAAACGGAAACGUUUCGGUUCCUAUUCCUUCCCAAACUGAAUUUAGUUUAAACAAACCAAACCAACCAACCGAGAUCGAAUCUUGCAUCCGGAAUCGGAUUCCCUACUCCUCACUGACGCCGGGAAGGGAAUAAUCCCCAUUCCGCCGGGUUCCGGAAUCACCCUUCCAGUCAGUGCUGUGCGGGAUCGCAUUUCCCCGCCAAUUCCUUCUGCCCACUUGGCAUCCGAUUCCUAUUCCUCACUCACUCCCAUCUUCAGCAUCACGCUCAGCUCUACUGACCUCUCCGCUCCUUGCAUUCCCCCAGUCCCGAGGAGGAGAGGAGGAUGCCCAUAUAAAUCCCAUGACGAUGCGGAUUCCGAAGAAGCCACUCUCGCUCUGCUUCUCUCUCUUCUCUCCUCUCGACUCCCCUUACCAUCACCGCCUCUUUGCUUCCCGUGUCUGGGUCAGUUUCCGGGUCCUCUCGGCGCCAACUCACCCUUCGGGAACUAAGCAUCUGUGUACAAGUUACUCAAUGGAGAAGAAUCUUGCAACCGUCGAUGGUCAAAAGGUUUCUGACCAACCGCGUAAGGAUUGUAAAAGUGGCGGUCAAAAGGCGUUCAUAUGGUCAUCUCCUGAAGGAGGGCAGAGGAUUGAUAUUGGAAAGCAGAUCUUUUGCAACAGAUCACUGAAUAUGAGGAACAUCGUUGCUGUUGGAUUUGACAUGGAUUACACUUUAGCUCAGUACAAACCUGAAACGUUUGAAUCUCUUGCAUAUGAAGGCACGAUAGGGAAGCUGGUUCAUGAUUUGGGAUAUCCCCAUGAGUUGCUGGAAUGGUCUUUUGAUUGGACGUACAUGGUUAGAGGAUUGGUUCUUGACAAAAAGAGAGGCAACAUCUUGAAGAUGGAUAGGCAUAAGUAUGUGAAAGUAGCUUACCAUGGAUUCAGGGAAUUAUCUAAGGAAGAGAAAGUUGGGACUUAUGGAAGUACUCUAAUACGAGAUUCUUUUGAUGAGCCAGACUAUGCUCUCAUUGAUACCCUCUUUUCACUUGCUGAAGCCUAUCUUUUUGCCCAACUUGUUGACUUUAAGGACAACAAUCCUGGAAAGAUUCCAGACAGUGUUGAUUACGCGCAUAUGUAUAAAGAUGUUCGAGCGGCAGUUGAUUUGUGCCAUCGUGAUGGGACAUUAAAGCGAAUGGUUGCUGUAAAUCCAGAAAGGUAUAUCAAUGAGGAUGCCACGCUGGUCCCAAUGCUCAAAAUGUUUAGAGAUUCUGGCCGUUCAACAUUCUUGGUGACAAAUAGUUUAUGGGACUAUACAAAUGUUGUGAUGAAUUUUCUCUGUCGUCCUUAUACUUUGGGUGAUGGUGCUUGCAAAUUUGAUUGGCUUCAGUACUUUGAUGUUGUCAUCACUGGCAGUGCAAAGCCUGGAUUCUUCCACGAUGAAAAUCGUGCCAAUCUUUUUGAGGUUGAACCCGAGAGUGGGAUGCUGCUUAAUACUGACAAUGGCACUCCAAUGGCUCAGGUGGGAGACACUUCCCCGAGGUUAUCAUUGAAGAGUUUGGACAAAAGUUGCAGUGUCUUCCAGGGAGGCAAUGUUGGUCAUCUGCAUAAGCUGCUGUCAGUUGAGUCAAGCUCACAGGUUCUCUAUGUUGGGGAUCACAUCUAUGGGGACAUAUUGCGAAGCAAAAAGGUCCUUGGUUGGCGUACAAUGCUUGUUGUACCUGAGCUCGCGAGGGAAGUCGAACUCCUAUGGGAACUGAGGGACAGCCGCAAGCAACUCAGAUUGUUAAGGGAUGAGCGUGAUCAUAUUGAAGACGAGAUUCACCAUCUGAAGUGGUCUCUCAAGUUUGACAAUAUUGAACAAGAAGAGAAGCAGAAGAUUUCCUCAGCUGUCAAAGAACUGGAGGUUAAAAGGGAUCAAGUGCGCCUCACUCAUCAGCAGGCUCAGAGAGGGUGCCACCAUAAGUUUCACAAGGUCUGGGGUCAACUCAUGAAGACAGGUUAUCAGAACUCCCGAUUUGCACAUCAGGUUGAGAGAUUUGCGUGCCUCUACACGAGCCAAGUUUCAAACCUAAGCCUUUACUCACCUGACAAAUACUACAGACCGAGCGAAGACUAUAUGCCUCAUGAAUUCCACAUUCUUCCUCUGUGAAUACUGCUUACUGCCCUCAGAUGGCCACUUGUGUGACGUUCAAUGUCCGCGAAGAACUUCUGAGCCUUGUGCUGAUUUUCACAGUUUUCUGUUUUCUCUAGAGAUAGGAAUCGGGAUUCGGGGUAAAAAGGGGUUAUAUAGGGUUUCGUUCUUGUAAUCCUCAGCGGUCUUUUCGGAACUAUAUGGAAAAAGCUACAUUGUAAAUUGUACAUUGUUUCAUGCCUUAUGAAAGUCUAAUAGAUGCAAUUACAAGGUA